UGCUCUGUUGGGAAACAGUCAUUAAUGCUCCAUCGUAUUUUACAGCUGCCGAUAAGAAAAAGGACAGAAAGAGGACAUUUACCCUGCAAGUCCUGACAGUACAGCGGGAUCUAAAGACAUUUCCAACCCACAUUAGACAAAUUUCUGCUAUUUUCUCUCACCUCGGUGAUAUCUGCUUCAACUUCUUUCGCGGGGCGCGAGCAUGGAUUUGGAAGCGCGUGUGCACCUGCUGUCACACACACCUGAUGUGAAAACAAUUAAGGCGAUUUAGACCAACUUUAUAUUCAAGGAAACGUAUUUUACUUUUUGCGCACAGUUAAACACAGGAUUUUAAAGUACAUUUUUGUAUCUCUGAUACCUGAAGUGUGGAGCUCAUGUCAGGACACAACGGGGACUUGAGAGGAGGAAACAUGUAUGGCUGAAGGAUGUGGGUUCGGUGUGUUGGUCUCAGACCGCCUGACCCGAUGCUCUUAUGGGAGGGGAUGAUGAUCCGUGUCCGAUGGUGUUGUUUGCUCGUAUCACUGCUCGUGUACGUGGGCUCCGCUGAACCGCUCGACUGGCUGCUGUCCGAUAAAGGUCCGUUUCACCGAUCUCAGGAAUUCAUCGAGUUCACCGAACGAUACCAGCACGGCUUUACAACCAGAUACAAAAUAUACAGGGAGUUCGGCCGAUGGAAGGUCAACAGCCUUGCUGCGGAGAGGCAAGAAGACAACGGGGCGGCCGUGCCCUUUGACCCUGACUUCAUCCAUAACAUCAGGCUUCUGGGGAGAAGGCCAAGCUUGCAGAAAAUAACUGACAACAUCAUUAAGAAAUACGGGACUCAUUUCCUGCUCUCUGCCACUCUCGGAGGCGAGGAGUCCUUGACCAUUUUCGUGGACAAAAGCAAGCUCAGCAGAGGUCAGCAGAAUGGAGGUGCCUCCAACAGUACGGCUGGUCCUUUGACCCUUGAAGCCCUCCACCAACUGGCUGCCUCCUAUUUCAUUGACAGGGACAGCACGCUUCGAACGCUCCAUCACCUUCAGAUCGCCUCUACUGCCAUUAAGGUAACUGAGACCAGGACCGGCCCUCUGGGCUGCAGUAACUAUGACAACCUGGACUCUGUCAGCUCAGUUCUGGUUCACAGUCAGGAAAACAAAGUUCAGUUACAAGGGCUUCAGGCCAUCCUGCCUGGUUAUUUAAGGAACGGCUUUGUUCAGGCGGCCUUAGGAUACAUAGGCUGCAAUGCCGAAGGCCAAUUUGUGUGCAAAGACAACGACUGCUGGUGCCAAUGCAGUGCCCCGUUUCCUCGCUGUAACUGCCCUGAGGCUGAUAUCCGCUCUCAGGAGAGCUACCUGGAGCGCAUGAGGGAGGCCUGGAGGCAGGAGAACCGGGAUUUUCAAGACUCAGAUGAGUUCCAGAGCUUCAUGGCUAAAUUACCCAGGCAGAGUGCUUUAAACUCAUCUCACAUUCAGCAGCUGUGGAGGACAGACAGCGCCUUACAACAGCGCUACAGGCAGCUGGAAUCCCAGCUUAGCCUCCUGCUUACCAAGACACGACGAACUGCUAACAAGCUCUUCAGACUCAGCAAAAGAUGCCAUACUCAGCCCAAAAUAGUCUCUCUAAGGGAGAGGCCCUUGAGCUUUUGGAUGAAAUUCACCCUCUCCAUCCUGUACUGCAGUGAAAAUAACCAACUGGGAUUUUACACGGAGGAAUUACGGAGCUGCGCCUGUCCGACUGAAUAUCCCUCAUGUCAGGGCAUCAUUCCUUGCGAGGUGGGCGACGGCCCCCGUUGCGCUUCAUGCUCCGCGGACAACCGCACACGAUGCUCCAGCUGCAAUUUGGGUUUCGUCCUCAGCCACGGGGUUUGCAAGUACGCCGUACCCAACCCAACAGAUCACUAUUUGGGUUUUGAAACUGACCUGCAGGACCUGGAGAUGCGUUUCUUGCUGCAACACCGCGAUGCCCGCAUCACCACGCACGCCAUUUUUGUUAGCAAUGACGUUCGCCUCAAUGUGUGGUUUGACCCAUCCUGGAGGAAAAGGAUGCUGCUUACACUAAAAAGCAACAAGUUUAAAUCCAACCGUGUGCACAUGCUGCUCGGUAUCUCGAUGCAGAUCUGCAUCACCAAGAACUCCACAUUCGAGCCUGCGUUGUCUGUCUACGUCAAUCCGUUCGGCGGCAGCCAUUCGGAAAGUUGGAUAAUGCCCAUGGAUCACGAUGGCUACCCGGACUGGCAGAAAACCAGGCUGGAGAUUCCAUUGGAUUGUUACAACUGGACUUUGACUUUAGGCAACCGGUGGAAGAGCUUUUUUGAGACGGUUCACUUUUACCUGAGGAGUCGCGUUCGGGCCGACAGCUCUCAGGGAAAUGAUACGGUCUACAUCGAGCCUCUAGAAGUAGCAGAUCCUUCUCAAAACUUUGGCUACAUGAAGAUCAACAGUAUGCAGUUGUUCGGUUACAGCAUGCACUUUGACCCUGAGGCUAUCCAGGACCUGAUCCUGCAGUUGGACUAUCCGUACACUCAGGGUUCUCAGGACUCCGCUCUGCUGCAGCUAAUGGAGAUCCGAUAUCGGGUCAAUAAGCUGUCUCCUCCUGGUCCACUGCCUUUAGAUUUGUUUUCCUGCCUGCUUCGACACAGACUAAAACUCUCCAGCCCUGAGGUACAGAGAAUACUUUCCACACUGCAGACGUUUAGUGCCAAACAGCCCUUCUACAAAGAGUACGAAGCUGCAAAACUUUGUAGUUAAAAAGCAAACUCAUUUAUUUUUGGCAUUGAUGUUUGGCUUUAUUGACUAGAAAAUGACUUGGACUGGAAACAGAACAUUUCUUUCCCAGGGGAGGGUCAUUGUUGUCGUUGUUUGAUAUUAUUCAUUAUUCUUCAUAGACGCGUUAUAUAUUUGAUGUCUCUGGUUCAAAUGGUAGCUGAGAUGAAACAAAGUUUUGCACAAUUUUAUCAAUUCUGACAUGUUUUAAUGAAAUAAAAUAGCCAAGAAUUGUUGUUAUCUUUGUAGCACUCUCUGAUUGGGGUUGGCUGGGUUCCAAUACUGUAAUUGCAGCAAAGCAUAUUUAGCAUUUAACAAUCAGAAAAAUUACACUUAUUUGUUUAUGGGAGAAUCUCACAAAAAGUGUCAUGAGCAUGUCCAGGUCCUAUUUCACAUCAAAGUAACAAAGAAUAUGUUUUGCACAAUGAAAAAAGGCUGUUUUAGAGGAACACAGAAAUGAAAAACUGUCAAUGGA